UCAAGUCUUGACACGCGAAACACCCAACAUCUUUUCCAAGUUCAUAAUUCAAAUUAAAUCUUAGUAAACUACAAUAUUCGUGACUAUAAGCCAGUGAUUGAAAGUAACCAGUUUCUUCUAACUUAUUACUUUUUUUUUGAGAACGAUAGCAUUUAAUUACAAACAGUCAGGACCACCUGAACGAUUUCUGUUGAAUAUGGACGCAUGACGCAACCUGAUGCAACUCACUGGCUGAGAGUAUGGCCCUGGAGCUGCUGGUCACGCUUGACUGAGCACAUCCUCUCUUUCGGCCCCGCGCUCCUCUCAUUACGAAACCCCCGAGGCAUCAAUUCUCGGAACGCAGUAAAUCGGGACUACUUGAAUCCAAGUUCGAGUAGCCAGUUUAGUGGAGAAAAAUACUCAAAACUAGUGUGUCUCGUCUCAAUAAAUCAAUGUCGACUGCACCCCCAUGAACGCUCCCAUUACACGUCAUAUAAGAGAGACAUUAAUUUAUGAUUCGAGAGAAAUAUAAUCUUUCAAUCGGCAAUCUCGUCAGCAAGAGAAAGAAAAAAAAAGAUUCUUAGAACGAGAGGAACUUGUGCAGCUUUUGGCAGCGGAAUACGAUGACGGACGAAUUACUCUUUUCGGUACUGGGCCUGGACAUGAAUGUCCUUAACGAAAAACAACUUGAAUCCCCAACAACAUCUGUUUCGUACGAUUAUGAAACACCCUGCACAACACCUCUCAGUGAUUAUUCAGAAUUCACCGAAAAUACACUGACUCUUACCAACAGUGGACUUGAGUGUUAUACAGAUUUAAAUUAUUCACCGGAAGUUCAGUGGAAUGAUUGUACAACAAAUGCUUCAACGUCUUCCAGUUGUUUUAGUGAACUCAGUGAACUAGAUACAGAAUUGGAUUGGUGUUUAGACAGAGAAUGGAAUACAGGACUUCCCGAGAGAACACCAUUGUGCACUCCAGGAUGCGAAGGAUUUUUGCAUCUUCCUCCUUUGCCAAAACCUCAACAAUAUUUUCAACAAGAAGAACCCUUAUUAGUUCUUGGAAUUGAUCUCAGGGCACUAGAAAAUUCGUUAGGAUCAACAAUAAUAGACUACAACAACAAUCAAAUCGAACAAAACCAUGUCUUGUUGCCAACAUCUGCAGACGUUGCUUUAGCAACUCACGACUACACCAACCGAAGUCUAGCCCAAGCAGCUGAUGAUCGCUGUUUUCCCUGCACGUAUCAAGGCUGCGCAAAGAUUUACGCAAAAGCUUCGCACCUAAAAGCUCAUCUUCGAAGACACACCGGAGAAAAGCCAUUUGCCUGCACGUGGUCCGGAUGUCCCUGGAGAUUCAGCCGAUCUGAUGAACUGGCCAGGCACCGAAGAUCGCACUCCGGAAUAAAACCCUACCCCUGUGAACUUUGCUCAAAGCGAUUCGCCCGCAGCGAUCAUUUGGCCAAACAUCGAAAAGUUCACCGAAAAAAUUCAUACGCCAUGUUCCAAGCUGGCAGAAAUUUCCGAGGAUCAAAAAUUAAUUUACUACCGGAAAAGAAUUAGCAAGCCAUGACACUGAUUGGUCCCAGGGCCAAAUUUGCCAAAGAGAAAUGCAUCAGUAUGAACCAUAAAUUGUACACAAUGAUGCCUUGACAUGUACCAAACGGAACAAUUUUAAUUUGUUAGUUGUCCGAUUGCAUUAGGAAUUUAAUGUCAGUUCCGGAAGAGUGUAAAGAACUGCUAAAGUUAGUCGUCUGCUCAAUUUGGUCUUGUAUAGAGGUUCGAAAAAGUAUUGUUGCCAGUGAUAUGAUUCGAAUGCUGCUCAUUACUUUAAGAGAUUAAUAGUGUUUUAAUAUUUAGAAUCAUAACUAUACGUAUCGAAUAGAAUUAGAUUUAUAAAUUUAUAAAUAAUAAAGAGAACGAAAAUGCCUUGAGUGAAUCGAAAAAUCGACAAUAUUUCUAGUGAUUCACACAUCUAUAUUUGCGGCAGUUAUACUUAUAAAGUCUAUUUUUAAGAAUCAACGCGACUUU